GUGCCGCCGGCAGCUGGCGACGCGGCCGGCAGUGGGGCGCGGUCGGAGGACGCGGCCGCGACGCAGAGGGCGGCGGAGCGCGACCGACGCACAUCGGACCAGGGUUCAUACAACGAAUCAAGUCGUCGUCGGAGAGAUCCGAAUACUGGAUACAGACAUCCCGUCGCUCCAAACGAGAAGUAAAUCAUUUCAUACCAGGACUUUGUCAUCCUGAACUGUGCCGGGCAGGCUAUCACAGCCAACGGAAAGUUUCCUCUGCAAGGAAAUUAACAGCUGCGAUCCCAGCUAACGAACUCACGGCCGGCACUCGCGGAUAAAUCCACUCAGUGAUUCGAGCCGCGAGCUUACCGAGCCGCCGGGCCGUGGAGGCACGACUGCAGAGCUGAGGCCGUCCGCGCCAGGUCAGCGAAACCUGCUGACCACAAGAUACAACUGCUGACUGCUGAGGGCAUUACCGGCCCGGCUGAGCCGCGUCUGAUGCUGGGUCAGCUGCGCCACUGACGGCGACUGACGCGGCACGUCAGGGUGACGUGGGGCAGACAGAGUCACACGGCAGGGUCGACGACAGCUCGGCGUGGCAACACCAGAUCUCUGCGGCUGCCUGCAGAAUUGGGCGUGGGACUGAAAUCAAUCUCACUCGGUAAUAGUUACCAGCGCUGGUACUUUCCGUGAUACCAGAAACUCAGUGACGUCAGUGACUCCAGUGACGUCAGACACUGCUGGGACAGUUCCCAGUGUGCGCAGUGACGCCAGACGAACCAUUGACUCCAGUAACUCCGUGACACCAGUGACUCCAGUGACUCCAGUGACGUCAGUGACUCCAGUGACGCGCCCCGGCCAGCCGGGAGCCCGAGACUGGCCACGAUGAGAUGAAGAAACAAAACGUUCGCACCCUCUCUCUGAUCGUCUGUACUCUCACCUACCUGCUGGUCGGUGCGGCCGUGUUCGACGCCUUGGAGUCGGAGAACGAGAGUCGCACGCUGCACCUCCUCAACAACAUGAGCUCGAUGAUCCGCGGCAAGUACAACAUCUCCGACAGCGACUACAGCAUCAUGGAGACGGUGGUGACCAAGUCGGUGCCCUUCAAGGCCGGCAACCAGUGGAAGUUCGCCGGCGCCUUCUACUAUGCCAUUACCGUCCUCACCACUAUCGGGUACGGCCACUCCACGCCCCGAACUGUGGGCGGCAAGGUGUUCACCAUGUGCUACGCCCUGGUCGGCAUUCCGCUAGGCCUGGUCAUGUUCCAGAGCAUCGGCGACCGCGUCAACCGCGCCAGCUCGAUCGUCAUCCGCGCCGUGAAGAGGCUGCUCAAGUGCUCCUCCCAGGAGGCCUCCGAACUGAACCUCAUCUGUGUCGUGUUCACGCUCAGCGUGCUGGUCAUCACGGGCGGAGCGGCCGCCUUCUCACGCGAGGAGGGCUGGACGUACUUCGACUCGGUCUACUACUGCUUCAUCACGCUCACCACCAUAGGCUUCGGCGACAUGGUGUCACUGCAGCAGGACAACGCGCUCAACACGAGGCCCGACUACGUGGCGUUCGCGCUGGUGUUCAUCCUGUUUGGGCUGGCGAUCGUGGCGGCCAGUCUGAACCUGCUCGUGCUGCGGUUCGUCACCAUGAACACGGAAGACGAGAAGCGAGACGAGGCAGAGGCUCUCCAGUUGGCACAGGAGACGGUGCGGUUAGAGGGUGACGUCAUCACCGCCAACGGAUCGGUGAUCUUCUCGCCGGACCAGCGGUCGUCUCCGAGUGACCUGACCAGCGUGUGCAGCUGUCGGUGCCAGCUCUGCUGUCCAGCGCUCCGCCGGCCCAAAAACAGGUACACUGUGAAGCGGCGUCCCGGACGAAUAUCGCACCUACUACCGCACACCAUAGCGAUGGAGACCAUCAGCCAUACGCAGACGGCCGAGGACAUACUGGCAGCAGACUCCUCAGAAACCAGUCUGAACAACAUCACCGGCUCGCGAAUCUCCGUCUAGCACGACGGACAGCGACACUGCUGCACAAAAAGACUGCGAACUAGUGAGAUUUCUGAACAGGAAACUUGUGAUUGGGGUUUCACAAAGUGCUGGGUGUAUGAUCAAGCGGCUGGUGAGAUCCAUGAACUCGCUGAGCUGGAGAGAUGGCAGAGUGUGUCCGUGGACCUCGGGACGUUGAACACACCAGUGCGGAUAUUGGGGGCAGACGGCUGAGCGGACGACGCAGUGCGAGCUGGGAACGGCGCGAUGGGUGUCAGCUGGACCGGUGCUCUCAGAGGGUAUCAGAGAGCGGGGGCGGAGGAUGGGGAGAGUGGACCGUCAGAGGACACCAAACCCACGCACCACGCCCACAGAAUGAGAAUGUGUGACCCGGACUGAUGGACGGACUGGGAGCCAGGACUGACGGACUGGACAGCUCCGGCGACCGCCCGCGAUCCACGGAGGAUCUACGGCGCCGCUGGCCAGUGAUACGGCAACUACAGUGAUAUAUUCCAAAUGUCCGCUCAAAUGGCGUCGGGUGUGCGGUGCAGUGGCCGGCGGCUCGGCGGCGGAGAGCGCCGAGAUCGGCAGUCGCACAAAGCCGACAUGGGUGCCUUGUGGAUCCGCCUAGGUCCGAGCUGCAUUUGAGACGAAUAUAGACCGGGAACGACCAAAAACUGGGUCAGCUCGGUCGAGUAUCUGGGUCAGUUCUGGCUUCAAUCUUGAUUGUAUUCGAGUUAGGGCAGCCACAGCUCGGACCUGGGGCGGAUCCAUGAGGGGCCGACCGGGUCGCGGUCGCCGCGGCGCCGGUGGGCCGGCCGUCCGCCGUCGUGCCGGCAGCCCGGCUGGCUUUCAUCACCGCUAGGGAUCGAUGCCGGUCGUGUGGAGGUGGGAAACAGUCGCUAGGAGUUGGGCGACACCGCGACCGACGGCCCACCGCGCGCGGUGAGACGACCGAAUACGCCACAACGGCCGCACAUGUGAUCAACAGGGGUGCAUUGAAGAAUGUGACCUGAGGAGAAAAAGGGAGGGUGAUUUUUUGUUCUGCCAGUGUAUAUCGUCCUUAUCGUGGUAUCAUUAUACUAAUGAUACCGGGUGGAGAGCAAUGCAAGCGCCAAUGAAUUGUGCAUGCGGAUUAAUGAGGUGGGUUGUUGGAUUUUCUGGUAGGAUGCAAGUGACAAUGGUUUUGACGGCGCUGUUAUUCAUCCGUCUUUGCAGCUUCUGACUGCUCCCCUCAGCGCCCCGUCCUUUACAAAACCUUGUUAAUUGAAACGACGGGGUACCUGUAUAUAGUAGUCAGCCCGUCUUUUGAUGCUCAACGUUCAUGUUGUCCACCUUUUCAGAGUCAUUGUGUGCGAGCUGUAGCGUUUUCCUUGAAACAGCACACUCGCUCACGAAUCCUCCUGGUACGGCACAAAUUGGAUACACGUAGGUAUUCACUAUCUUCAGGUUGUGUGGACACAUUCUAUACCGUAGACAGGUGCGCUCUAGUCGCAUGAGUUAUAGCCAUGAUGUUUCUAGUCUCGCUACACUUACAUGCUACCUGCGUUAUGCUUUAUACGCCCGCUCUUCGUGCACCAACACUUUUCAACCACUGUAUUAUAGCUGUGGGUUGACGUACUGCUUAUUGGUUUACCGCUUUCUUGAGUAAGCGUCCACAAGUUGUUUGAAAAGACUUUUUGAAGUACAUGUAAAUGCUAAU